UAAUAUAGACACACCAGAAGAAGCUAUUUAUAGCGAAACAAUAUUUGCAUUUUUGUAAAACUGUUCAGUGAAAAUCAUUUGGCCAUCUUCAUAAUACCAGUCCGUUAUAUGUGUGGUGUAAAUCGGUCUCACUGAUAGGGGUACAGUAGAAAGCUAAGGCCCUUUCUACUGUGGUAGGGGGUGGACGCUAGAUUUGGGCUCUGGCGCCCGUCGCUAACUUCAGUCGAUUAAUAAAUAAGAAGAUUUCACGUUAACCUAUUAUUUCCAAAUUUAAUCCAUUAAAAAAAAUGUCAAGUUUGGGUGUUUGCGAAUCCACUGGAUGCUCUAAACCAGCAAAGUUACAAUGCCCUACCUGUAUCAAAUUGGGAAUACAAGGAUCAUUCUUCUGUUCACAAGAAUGUUUCAAGAGUGACUGGAAAUCUCACAAAAUCAUCCACACCUUGGCGAAGGGUGAUGACGUGAAAGAUGGACAAGUUUAUGAUCCUUGGCCCCAGUUCAACUUUACAGGGAAGCUACGCCCAUUUCCGCAAACCCCAAAAAGGACUGUACCAUUAGGUAUUGGAAGACCUGAUUAUGCUGAUCAUCCUCAAGGAUUUCCACUGAGUGAACAAGCUGUUAAAGGUUCUGGAGUAAUUAAAAUUUUAGAUGACGAGGAAAUUGAGGGAAUGAGAGUAGCUUGCAAACUGGGUCGUGAAGUUCUUGACGAGGCUGCCAAGGUUUGUGAUGUCGGUGUCACCACCGAUGAAAUAGAUCGUAUAGUACACGAAGCUUGUAUCGAACGCGACUGCUACCCUUCUCCCCUCAACUAUUACGAAUUCCCGAAAUCUUGCUGUACUUCUGUCAAUGAAGUCAUCUGCCAUGGAAUUCCAGAUAUGAGGCCUUUGAAAGAUGGCGAUUUGUGCAAUGUAGAUAUAACUGUAUAUCAUCGCGAUUUUCAUGGAGACUUGAACGAGACGUUUUUCGUUGGCAACGUUAGCGAAAAACAUAAAAAUUUAGUGAAAGUGACUCAUGAAUGUCUGAUGAAGGCAAUAGGAAUUGUUAAACCUGGAGAAAAGUAUAGAGAGAUUGGAAAUGUUAUACAGAAACAUGCACAGGCUAAUGGAUAUUCUGUGGUAAGGAGCUAUUGUGGACAUGGUAUUCAUAGACUGUUUCAUACUGCUCCAAAUGUACCUCAUUACGCUAAGAACCGAGCUGUGGGAGUGAUGAAACCAGGACACUGUUUCACCAUUGAACCGAUGAUAUCAGAAGGAACAUGGCGAGACGAGAUGUGGCCUGACAAAUGGACUGCUGUAACCGCUGACGGUCAGUGGUCAGCACAGUUUGAACAAACACUGCUUGUCAAUGAAAACGGGUGUGAAAUCUUGACACGUAGAAGAGAGAAAAAUGGUGAACCUCAUUUCAUGGAUAAGAUGUAGAGAAUCAGGCGUCACGCUGCUACAAUUUAUGUUAAACCGUGUUGAACCGUUUUUGCCUUUUUUCGAAUAAACUUCUCUCAAUCGACCCCAAGCGUAUCUUCGAAUCUGUUGAUUUUUGUAAAAAUCAAGCUCGAUGUAAAUACAGUUGUAGUCGUUUCAUGAA